AAACAACAAUGGACCCCUUCACUCAGCGCAUGCUCGAAAAGGCCGAACAGCGCAGUCGCGCCCUCGGCAUAACCAAUGCCAGCAAAUUUCCACUAGCCGAAUGCACUCUGGCGACGCCAGCAGCAGCAACAGCAGCAGCUGAGACAACGUCAGCCGUCGUCAGCAAAGCGACAACAGCGUCAGCAUCUGCAUCUGCAUCGACGCCUGCUACAAGCAACAGCAGCAACUCUGGAAAAAUUGUUAUCCUCGAGAAGGCAACGCUGGAGGCAUCGCCCACAAAGCCGCUGCGUCAUUAUGCCGCCGUCAACAAGGAGAACAUGGAAAUGGGCAUCGAGAUAAAUAUUACCACCGCACAGCCAAUUGGGGUGCAAGUUGAGAUUCAGGAGCAGGAUAUGACCAGUGACGAGGAUGGGGAAGGGGACGAGGAGCAAACAGCUCUAAUUUCAAGUGCUGCAACGGCGCCGGUCAAUCAGCCCCUGGCUCGACUACGGGAUACCUCUCGCAAUCGACUGCAGCGCAUGGGCGCACUCUAUUCGAAUGCGGAUGAUCUGUCCUCGCCAAUACAUCGCACCGAGGCGCAGUUCCAUGCCGGCGAUGAUGAUGAAAACGAAAACCGGCGCAGUCCGCGUCGGGGUAAACAGCGGCUGGGCAAGCUGGCUGCACUGGCGGACACGAUAAAUCAGUGGGAGGAUGACGUGUCGCAUCAUGAGAUCCAUCGACCGCUGCUGGAUGCAGUGCCGCCGCCGAAACCGGAUUUGCCCAGUCGCGACAAGGCCGCCAAAGCCAAAGCCAGGGCGCCUCCACCACCUACAUGUGAUGCGGUGGAUGAGGGCAGCAAAACCAAACAAUUGAAAUGGGAUGCCAAGGUGUUGAGCUCUUUAGAGGCUCAGGGUUUCCAGCGACGCGAAUCGUCCACAAUUAAGCAUACCUAUGACUAUGCCAAGCCGGAAGAAACGGCUGCUGCGGCGGCUGCGACGACAGCUCCAAAGCCGCCUUUGCCACAGAAAUCGACGACGGUCAGCCAAGUGGCCAAAACAUUUGCAAAGGCGACUGCAGCAGCACCGCCCGCACCCGCUCCCGCCAAAGCCGCUCCAGCGCCUGCAGCAACUGUCAAAGCGGGUUUGGUCUCUGGCCGUGCUGCAAUCUUCGAAAAGGCCAGCGGUGGCGUCCUGUCGCAGGCGGCACUGCGUAAUCAAAAAGAUCCCUGCGAGCUGUCGCUGAAGGAGCGCAUGAAACUCUUCGAGACGGGCAACUCCAAGGCUAUGCUGCCCAAGGCGCCCAUUGGCACAGCGCCCAGCAUCAGUCAGAUACGCGCAGACGAACCAAAAGCACACUCGGUGGCCGUGCAUCCGGUAACAGCAGCCGCUCAACCACCGUCCAAGCCGCAACCGAAGCCAGAGAGCAAGCUGCGCGACAAGGUGGCCGCCUUGGUGGCCUCGGCUCAGACCAGUGCCGAGAAUCGCAUCAAAGACAUUGAUCGUCAGCGGCAAGAGGACAUGCAAAUUAUCGCGAAUCGCUUUAACAAGCAAAAGGAAAUCAUUUCGACAGCAGUAGCAGCAUCAGCAACUACAACUCCCGCUGCUGCGGAUGCUGCUCCUGGCAAAGUGGUGCGUCCGAUGCCGCCGCCACCACCUCCACCCAUGGCAAAUGCCAGCAGCAAGCGGCGUUCACCUGGCGAUGCUGUCAUUGACGAGGAAUCGAAGCGGGCACGCAAAGCGAAUGCGGAUCGCUUGUAUCCCGCCUUAUCGGAUCUUGACUCCAGCGGUGACAAUUGCUGUGCAACGGCAACGGCCUCGAUCAAUGAUGAGACCGAGGAGGAUGAGGAGGAGGAGAUUGACAGUUGCAUGGAUGAUGAAGAGUCCUUGAACGAGGCGGAGGCAGAGGAUCAGUCACAGACUGAGGACAGCAGCGCUGGCAUGUGCAAUGGCAGCCUGGGUCGCGAGAUUUUGAACACCGUGCAACGCAACGAGGCCGCAAUGCAACAGAAACAAAGGCAACAACAACAACAAUUGGGCAAAAAGGUACACUAUGCCGAGCAGGAUCAUUAUUUCAGCCAUGAUGGCGACAGCUCAAUGAACUCUUCACAAAUCUCAACGGGCAUUGAUGAUUAUCUGGACGAGGCGCUGGUCGGCGACUAUGGCAGCACCCAGGAGGACGACAGCGAGGAUGAGAACAAUGCCAGUCAUCUGUCGCUCGGCAGCAAGGGCACCACUGCAUCCAACAGUUUCUCGUAUCGCAAGACUCCGGCUGCUGUUGCCGCCGAGUCUGCUGCCUGUCGGACCAUUGAGGAGCAGCAUGACGAGGCCAUGGAUGUGCAGACGCCAUUGCCGAAUGGGGCACAGCCCGUCAAGUCCGAGCUGAGCGUCAAUCAGGACAAUGACAAUUUGGUGACGCUGGUGCACACCGUCAGCUUCUAUCGUCGCCAGCAGAGCGCCAAUAGCUCCAACUCGACGCCUGUGCGCAAGAUAUGUCGGGAGCAGCAAGUUAUGCGCUCAGCGCUCGCCAGCGAUUGCCAUGCCAAGCACAAGCUGGAAUAUGAUUCACCGCAGCAUGGCGAAAUGGCUGCAGCUGCUGCCAGUGCUGCGCCGGUCAGCAUUGAUGACUGCAGCGAGGAGGAUGACGAGGAGCUGCAGAAUGCACGCGUUUCAAAUGAGUCGUCUCAGGCGCAGGACAAGAUUAAGAAGCUGCUCAGUGAGGUGUGCAAACAGCAGCAGGUGAUUGGCCAGGCCAGUCAGGCGCUCAAUCUGUGCGCUGCCACCGUUGAGUUCUCCGGCUCCACCGAAUCCGUUGAGGGCGAACGCUAUUUGUUGCUAGCCACGCAUCGUCGGCAGGCGUGCUUGGAUGAGGUGCAGCGGCUGCGCGUGGAGAACAGCGUUCGUCCCGUCGGCGCACCCAAGGAGAAGGGUCUGCUGACCGUCAAGGAUAUCACAAUACCGUUGCGGCAGGAGUAUGUGCGUAAAAUGGCCACGGGCAACAUCAAUGGUCAUCAUUUGGUCUGCCUGCUCAAGUACAAUGAGCACGUGCUGGCCACUAAAACGGUGCCAACGAUGCCCGGAUUGCUCUCUGUCAAAUUUCCCGAUGUGCUGCAACUGAAUAAUGUCUAUGCUGAUUUUCGCAUUACACUGGAGAUUUAUGGCAUGCUGGCUCAGCGGGAUCAGCUGCCGCACGAGCUCAAGUAUCACAUCAAUGUGAACAAGAAGGGCGGCAUUAAGACGCCCAAGAAGAAGGGCGGCGAGAAUCGUUUGGUCAUGCCGCCCGUCCAGAGUCCGGCUGGACCACAUGUGGUGCGAACGCCUCAGCUUGUGCAAUAUGGUUUUGCCAUCUUCUCGCUGCGUGAGAUUCAGCGCACCAGUUGGACGCUGACGCAAGUGCUGGGCGUCAGUCCGCUCGAUGGCACCGUUCACAUGAAGGUCAACUGUGAGCUGUCGGUGAGCGUGGAGUACAAGGGUUUCCUCACCAUGUUCGAGGACAUCUCUGGCUUUGGUGCCUGGCAUCGUCGCUGGUGCCAUCUAAAUGGCUCGGUGCUCAGCUACUGGAAGUAUCCCGACGAUGAGAAGAAGAAGGCGCCCAUGGGCAGCAUCGAUCUGAAUGCAUGCUGCUCCCAAAAAGUCAGCACAGCGCCGCGUGACAUCUGCGCCCGGUUGAACACCAUGCUGCUGGAGUGCCAGCGACCGGCGCUGGACACCGAUCAGGAAUCGUUGAUUAUUGUGCCCAAUGGACGCACCACAACAGUGCGUCAUCUGCUCUCCGCUGAUACGAAGGAGGAGCGCGAGGAAUGGUCUGCCUAUCUGAAUAAGGCGCUGACGCUGCUGCGCGCUUGGGGUACAACGCAUUAAUAAGGACACGGAAAAGAAACAGCAGCAGCAGCAGCGGCAAUUUGGGUCGGGAUUAUCCUGAGCGUUUUUUUAUGUUUUCAUUCUUAUAUAUAUUUUAGUUGAUCUUUAUAUUUGCGCUUCUUUUUUUGCUUCGCGGUGCUUUAUGUUAGCAUUUAUAUCUAGUACCGUGUAACUGUAAUGUUCUGAUGAAUGUUCAGAUGGAAUAAGUAUUGUGAAAAGUAUUGUUGAAAUUCCGUUUUCUAAACAUAUUUAUACUUAAAAUACAUUUAAACCAGUCUCACAA